AUACAAUUCCUUGCGAAACAGCAAAUCCAUUCCAUUCCAGAUCAAUGGGUAAUUCCCUCACGGUGAAGACGAAUCCGCCUCACGUAGUUUGCAUUCCAUACCCGGCGCAAGGCCACGUCAACCCAAUGACAAAUCUGGCCAAACUCCUCCACCACAAAGGCUUUUAUGUCACCUUCGUCUACACAGAGUUCAACUAUAAACGUCUCCUCAGAUCUCGCGGGCCCAACUCUCUCGAUGGGCUUCCUUCGUUCAGGUUCGAGUCCAUUCCCGACGGGCUUCCCGAGUCCGACGCCGACGCCACACAGGACAUACCGUCGUUGUGUGAGUCCACCAGCAAAAACUGCUUGGCGCCAUUCAGACAACUCCUUUCGAAGCUGAAUUCUUCGCCGGAUAUUCCUCCGGUUUCUUCCAUUGUCUCCGACGGCGCCAUGACCUUCACUCUCGAGGCGGCCCGAGAACUCGGUGUGCCGGAAGUUGUGCUUUGGACCACAAGCGCCUGUGGGUUCUUAGCCUACCUUAAUUACCGGCAGCUCAUUGAAAAAGGCGUUACACCUCUUAAAGAUGCAAGCUAUAUGACAAAUGGAUACUUAGAGAACACUGUCAUAAACUCGAUACCGGGCAUGAAAGACAUGCGUCUGAGGGACUUUCCUAGCUUCGUAAGAACCACAGAUCCAGACGACAUCAUGCUUAACUUUCUCGACGUCGAGAGCCAAAGAGCCAAGCAAGCUUCCGCCGUCGUUUUGAACACUUUCGACGACCUCGAGAAGGACGUUCUCGACUCGCUCUCUUCCAUAUUACCUCCCGUUUACACAGUUGGACCCUUGGCCCUACUUGUCAAUCAGAUUCCAGACAAAAACGUAAGAUCCAUUGGAUCAAAUCUCUGGAAAGAAGAUCCCUAUUGCUUGGAGUGGCUCAACUCCAAGAAACCGAGCUCCGUUGUCUACGUGAACUUUGGAAGUAUAACAGUCAUGACGUCGGAGCAGCUGGUCGAGUUCGCUUGGGGGCUUGCAAACAGCCAAAAAACUUUCUUGUGGAUAAUUAGGCCUGACCUAGUCGUCGGAGAUGCGGCGAUUGUCCCCCCGGAGUUUGUUUCGGAGACGAAAGAUAGGGGACUAAUGCCCAGCUGGUGCCCUCAGGAGCAGGUCCUGGGGCAUCCGGCGAUCGGAGGGUUCUUGACGCACUGCGGUUGGAACUCGACGAUCGAGAGCAUCAGCUGCGGCGUGCCGGUGAUCUGCUGGCCGUUCUUCGCGGAGCAGCAGACCAACUGUAGGUAUUGCUGCAGAGCGUGGGGGAUUGGGAUGGAGAUAGAGAAUGUGGAACGGGGAAACAUUGAAAGACUUGUGAGGAAGUUGAUGGACGGAGAGAAGGGUAAGGAGAUGAAGAAGAGAGCAAUGGAGUGGAAGAAAUCGACCGAGGAUUCCAUUGCUUCGUCUCAAUUGAAUCUGGAUAAGAUGAUUGAGCAGGUUCUUUUGGCUCCCAGGACUAAUUAGAAGAAGAAGUACUAUUUAGUUUCCGUUUCGUAUUAUUUUAAUAGUUAAACUCGUGCAUGAUGAAGUAAUUUCUCUCCCUCUUUUGUUUUCUACCUUAUUUGAAUAAAAUUGAUCUAUAUUGGCCGUCGAAUAGAAUUGAUCUCUGCCACCUUUUCACAUUUCCUCCCUUU